UUUUGACAAAUUUAUUUUCGUAAAAAAUAGUUUUUGAGAAAAAACUUUUCUGGUAAAAUAUCUUUCUAGCAUUUUAUUUUCGUAUAAAUUAUUUUUAAACUAAAAUAUUUUUCCUAGUCAAAUAUUUUUCUACUCGAAUAAUUUUCAUAAAUUUAUUUUCUGCCGAAUUUUCCAUGCAUUUAUAUUCAUCCGUGCCACGAUUAAAGAUUCCGUGCUAUCCAUUAAUUUAUCGUCUAUGAAUAUUGAAUACAACGAUUUUCAAGAAACGAUAACGUAAUGAUAACAAUGUUUGGAUUUGGAAUAUAAAUUUAAGUGUUUUUUAAAAAAUUUAAAUUCUUAGUGAUUAAAUAAAUAUUUCAGCUUUAUUAGUAAGAUUUUCGUUCUGUAAAAUAAUAACAGUAUUUAAAAAAAUUCAUAUGUGUCAUUGUAAUUUUUUGGUAAGUAUUGAAUAAUGUCUAAACGACUAUCAACUGAAUUAGAGAAUAAUGCAAAAGGUAAAUUUAUUUUGUAUGCUAUUGUACCUAUUUAAACAUUAAUACAUUAUAAAAAUUAUAUUUUUUGUAUAGAUGAUGAUGGCAAAGAAAAGCAAACAGACAAGAAACAAAAAUUCUCGUUUGGAAUGAUGAAACCUCUCUCUACAAAAACUGGUAUCAAGAUAACUCUAAACACUCCUGCAACUGUAAAUUUGCAUAACAUUCGAAACUUUGUUAUUAUUUGAACCUGUCUUACCAUUCAAUUGUUUUGUAGAAAGAACCAUCUCUACUUCCUAAACCAGCAUCUAAAUCCGUUGCAGCAGUAUUUGGUGAUGUUAGUGAUGAAGAACCUGAAGAAAUGCCUAAAGAAGCUAGAAUGAGAAUGAGAAAUAUUGGUAGGGAUACACCCACAUCAGCAGGACCUAAUUCAUUUGGAAAAACCAAGCAUGGUUUCUGUAAUACAGGUAAACUUAUGGAGAAGACACUUAAGGAGGCUACAAAUGCACUAAUCGAUGAUAAAAAAAAGUGAAAUAUAUCACUAAUAAUUUUCACAAUUUUGUUUUGUGAAUGAUGUAUUUAAGUUUUUUGCACAAAAUUUAGUUUUAAAUAAUAAUUAAGAUAACCAUGACUGUAAUUAUUGUUAUAAGGUUUCUAUCCCAUAAUUCAUUUAAAAGGAAUUUUUAUAAUUUAUAAAAUAUACAUGAGGUACAUAUAAAAUAUAUUUUUUAAUU